UCGGUGCACAUUAUUUUUAAAAAUGGCGGCGCCCACAGAGACGGCACCUCUCAACAAAGACGAAAAUGAUGAGCAUCGACAGUCUGAAUCUGAAGAAUUGGAUGAUACUGCAGGACCAGCGGAGCCGAGAGUGAGGGAAACUCCAGAGGACAUCUCGUUUGAAGCAGCUGUGAACGCCAUUGCGUUUCACCCCAGUCGAGAUAUCGUUGCUGCAGGAGACGUCGAUGGCGAUGUGUUCGUCUACUCGUAUUCCUGUUUGGAGAAUGGAAACAAGGAACUCUGGUCAUCUGGACAUCACCUCAAAUCCUGCAGAGACGUGGCUUUCACCAGCGAUGGUCAAAAUCUUUUCACAGUGUCUAAAGACAAGUCCAUACAUAUACUCAACGUGGAAGAGGGUAAACUCAUAAAGCGCAUCUCCAAAGCUCACGACACCUCUCUCAACAGCCUACUAUUAAUAGAUGAGAACUUGUUUGCUACCGGUGAUGACAGCGGGAUGCUGAAGGUGUGGGAUCUGCGGAAAGGUGAGGCCUUCAUGGAGAUGAAAAAUCAUGAAGAUUACAUCAGUGACAUGAUCAUUGACCAGAACAAAAAGCUGCUCCUUACUGCUAGUGGAGAUGGAACCAUGGGUGUCUUCAAUAUAAAGAGACGGAGGUUUGAAUUACUGUCAGAAUAUCAGAGCGGAGACCUGACCUCACUUGCUGUCAUGAAGAGAGGUCGGAAGGUGGCAUGUGGAUCCAGCGAAGGAACCAUUUACCUGUUUAACUGGAACGGCUUUGGGGCGACAAGCGAUCGCUUUGCAGUGAAGGCUGAGUCUAUUGAUUGUAUGGUGCCCAUCACCGACAACAUUGUGUGUACGGGGUCCAUGGACGGUGUUAUCAGAGCCAUUAACAUUUUGCCCAACCGAGUAGUCGGAAGCAUUGGGCAACAUCCAGGCGAACCUAUAGAGCAGCUUGCAAAGUCCCCAAAUGGCAACCUCUUGGCCAGUUGUGCCCAUGACCAGAAAGUGAAGUUCUGGGAUGUGUCCUCACUCGGCUCCGUCAUAGUUGACGAUUACCGGAAGCGGAAAAAGAACAAGCAACUAACUGCCCUGAGCAAGAAAGCAUUCGGAGGAGCAGAAGACUUCUUCUCUGACCUGAGGGAAGAGAGCGAAAAGAAAGAUGAAGAAACCAAUGAGGGUGGAGAAGAAGACGAGAGUGACAGCGACGACUCUGACAGCGACUAAAGAGAACCCUAGAACUGUAAGACAAAUUGUAGGACCUUUUAUACAGAAUGUUUUGGCGACUGGACUUUGCCGUGCUCCCCGUUCUUAAAUUCAGAAUCCAGGACCACAGUAUACAUGUGUGAGAGAAAUGCCCGAAAAAAAAACAUCAAUUUUCCCAAACCUCUUUUAUUUCUGAAAUA